GGAACGUGGGGUAGCUAAGCCCGCGGAUGUCCACCUGAGUCAGGAGUAGGGGAAAUAUGCAGUUUGGGAAAACCAGACUUUAGAAAAUGUAGAAUGUUUGCACAGAAUUGUCUUUGAGUAGAUUCCACCGUCUUUUAAUGCUCUGCAAGGCAGUGUAGGUGAACUAAAAAAUAAUUGACUGAGAAAAAGUGUUUUAAAGUUGGUAGUAGGAAGGAAGACUGUAUCUGGGAUCCUUUAGGUUCUUGGCAGAAUUCUUCCCCCUUACUGGUUAAAAUCACUUUGUGAUACAGUUCUUGGGAGGAUGUUUCUGAUUUUUUUUUUUUUUUGGUAAGAGAGCUUAUUCCCUAUUAUGUAACACUGUAGUUGGUAGGUGUGCAGUCACCCAGACCCAUCCUGUAUUGAAAAAUAGCUGUUGAAUUAGUUGGACAUAAGUUUCACAUUACUUCCCUGGUGUGUAUAUCCUACCGUUCAGUUUGCUUUCCUUUGGUCUAAGAUCUACCCCUUCCCUCUCCUGCCUGCCUUUGGAGUUUUUCUGUUUGUCUUUCUCUCACCUUUUAUUUUCCAAAGGCCCUCGUUUUCACAUCAGUAGCAUAAGAUCCUUUUUUUUUUUUUUUUUUGGAAACAAGAAAUUGAUGUAGCUGGUCCAAACCUUUGCAUUUUGUGGCGGCAUUGUCAUUCACACAUUUUCACAAAGCUCCCCAAACUGAGCUGUGUCUUUUUCAGUUCAAUCGAUUUCUCUUAUUUUUAGAAUUUUAAGAUGUUCUAAUGUUGCCUUGGGAGAUGUUUACACAAACAGAUCCCAGUCUUAACUAUUAGUAGGUAAACACUCUGUCCCAUUCGUGAGUUUUCCGGAUCACCAUCUGUCCUGCUUCAUCCGUCUCAGCCUCCUGAGUCUCCUCAUCACCUCCAGAAGCAGAGGGAAGAUGUGGAAGUGAAUUCAAUCCCUAUUGAAACAUAUUAAUUGGCUCUAGCAAGAAUUUGGUGCUACACUCCCAGUCCCGCCACGUUGAAGUCAGGAUGGCCUGCAUCCAUUACCUUCGGGAGAACCGAGAGAAGUUCGAAGAGUUUAUAGAAGGGUCAUUUGAAGAAUAUUUAAAACGUUUGGAAAAUCCACAGGAAUGGGUUGGACAAGUGGAAAUAAGUGCCCUUUCUCUUAUGUACAGGAAAGAUUUUAUAAUUUACCAGAAACCAAAUGUUUCUCCUUCACAAGUAACUGAGAAUAAUUUUCCUGAAAAGGUGUUACUGUGUUUUUCAAAUGGAAAUCAUUAUGACAUUGUCUACCCCAUAAAGUAUAAAGAGAGCUCUGCUGUGUGUCAGUCUCUGCUUUAUGAAUUGCUAUACGAGAAGGUGUUUAAAACUGACGUCAGUAAGAUCUUGAUGGGCCUGGAUAGCUCUGAAGUAGCGGAUGAAGAGAACAGUGAAAUAUCAGAUUCUGAGGAUGACAGCUGCAAGAGUAAGCCUACCACUGUUAAUGAUGUGAAUGGAUUUAAAACUUUGUCCGGUGAUCAGCACCCGAAAAGCAAUGGAAACUCGCCUAGCCUUCCUUUGUCUAGAAAGGUUCUUAAGUCACUCAGUCCAGCAGUCUAUAGAAAUGUGGAAUAUGAAAUUUGGCUAAAGUCUAAACAAGCUCAACAAAAGCAUGAUUAUUCCAUUGCUGCUGGCUUACAGUAUGAAGUUGGAGAUAAAUGCCAGGUUAGGUUGGAUCACAACGGAAAAUUUUCUAAUGCAGACUAUCAGGGGGUUCACUCUGAGAAUGGGCCAGUUUUGGUCGAAGAACUUGGGAAGAGAUACUCACCGAAGAACCUCAAACCGCCUCCCUCAGAAAGCUGGAACACAGUGUCAGGGAAGAAGAUGAAAAAACCUCCUUCGGGACAGAAUUUCCAUUCUGACGUGGAUUACAGAGGGCCAAAGAACUCAAGCAAGCCAAUAAAAGCACCGUCAGCUCUACCUCCUCGCCUCCAGCACCCCUCGGGAGUGAGACAGCACGCAUUCCCCAGUCACUCUGCUGCGCCACAGUCUCAGAAAGCCUCCAGCGAGCACAAAAGUCUUAGCAGGACACCCUCACAGAUCAUAAGAAAAGCUGAUCGUGAGAGAGCUGAGGAUUUUGAUGCCACGACUCGAGAACCUAACUAUUUCGGCCUCUCUCCAGAAGAGCGCAGAGAGAAGCAAGCUAUAGAAGAGUCUCGUUUACUCUAUGAGAUUCAGAACAGAGAUGAACAGGCUUUCCCAGCACUUUCUAGUUCAUCAGUCAGCCAGUCAGCUUCUCAGAGUAGCAACCCAGGCAUCCAGAGAAAAUCAUCCCAUGGAAGCGAUCGAAAAGGAAGCAGGCGGAGAAUGGACACCGAAGAACGGAAAGAUAAAGACUCUGUCCAUGGACAUAUUCCCUUGGAUAAAAAACCUGAGCCAGGCACAUUGGAGAAUAUUAGCAAUGAUAAGUGUGCAAGAAUUUCAUCACCAUCAAAAUCAAAGAAAUUAGAGUGCCCACCUCCUACAGAGCAAAAGCCAGCAGAACAUGUGUCUCUGUCAAAUCCAGCUCCCCUUCUAGUUUCUCCAGAGGUACAUCUAACUCCCGCGGUGCCUUCCUUACCAGCCACUGUGCCCGCCUGGCCGAGCGAACCUACAACGUUUGGACCAACAGGUGUCCCUGCCCAAAUUCCUGUCUUGUCAGUGACACAGACUCUGACUACCGGGCCUGAUUCUGCUGUGUCCCAAGCUCAUUUGACACCCUCUCCAGUUCCUGUGUCAAUACAGGCCGUGAACCAGCCCUUGAUGCCUUUGCCUCAGACACUGAGCCUUUACCAGGACCCGCUGUAUCCUGGGUUUCCUUGUAACGAAAAGGGAGAUCGAGCCAUUGCGCCACCUUACUCACUGUGUCACACCGGGGAGGACCUGCCUAAAGAUAAGAACAUUCUUCGAUUCUUCUUCAAUCUUGGUGUAAAGGCAUAUAGUUGUCCUAUGUGGGCCCCACACUCUUACCUGUACCCUCUGCAUCAGGCCUAUCUGGCAGCCUGCAGGAUGUACCCAAAGGUCCCUGUCCCUAUGUAUCCUCAGAACCCGUGGUUCCAAGAAGCUCCUUCUGCUCAGAACGAGAGUGACUGUACGUGUCCAGAUGCACACUUCCCCAUGGAGCCCGAGGGCAGCGUGAACGGCCAGAUGCCACAGGCAGAGAUGGGCCCGCCCGCGUUUCCCUCACCCCUGGUCAUCCCUCCGUCUCAGGUGUCCGAUAGCCACGGACAGUUGUCCUACCAGGCGGACCUGCAGUCGGAGAACACAGGGCAGCUCCUGCACGCCGACUAUGAGGAGUCGCUGAGUGGCAAGAACAUGUUCCCGCAGCCGUCCUUUGGCCCGAACCCGUUCUUGGGCCCGGUCCCCAUCGCACCGCCUUUCUUUCCUCACGUUUGGUAUGGCUACCCUUUUCAGGGAUUCAUCGAGAAUCCAGUCAUGAGGCAGAAUAUCGUUCUGCCCUCCGAUGAGAAAGGAGAAUUGGAUCUGCCCCUGGAAAACCUCGAUCUCUCUAAAGAGUGUGCUUCCGUGCCAGCAGCAGAGGAGUUUCCCGAGGCCGGGCGCGAGGAGCCCCAUGCUCCCGCUGAAGCCGGCGCCAGCAAGCCGGCCGGCCGCGCCGAGCGCUCCGCGCAGACGCCGAAGGCGGAGCCGGGCCCGGCUCCCGGCCCUCCUGCCGCCGAGGGCGAGGCGCACGGCCCCGCUCAGCUUCUAAACAGAGAGAGGGAAGCUGCGCCCGCGGGACUGGAGCCCAAAAGGACCAUUCCAAGUCUGAAAGAAAAACCAGAGAAAGGGAAGGAGCCGAAGACUGCUGCUGAUGCGGUCAGCGGGGCCAACUCCGUGGAUAGCAGGGUGCAGAGACCAAAAGAAGAGAGCUCCGAGGACGAAAACGAGGUGUCGCACAUUCUGAGGAGCGGGCGAUCCAAGCAGUUCUACAACCAGACUUUCGGGGGGAGGAAGUACAAGAGCGACUGGGGCUAUUCGGGCCGCGGAGGGUACCCGCACGCCCGAGGCGAGGAGUCCUGGAAGGGGCAGCCGAGCAGGAGCCGCGACGAGGGCUACCAGUACCACCGGAACGUCCGCGGCCGGCCCUACCGCGGGGACAGGAGGAGGUCAGGGAUGGGGGACGGCCAUCGGGGACAGCACACCUGAUGUGUCGCUGCCGUGCUUUAGAGUGGAAGCCCUUGCUUAGGUGGAGUGUCUGAAGGCUUUAAUAAAAAACAAAAAAACCCAAUAAAAACCCAAAUUGGAACUCUCUCCUCCCCUCCCCCCCUUACCUUCACUCUCAUUCUGGACAGGAGAUUUUGGAUAUGUGUUCAGGGGGCAGGUGAAUUCCUGGUGUUGCCAUUUUUCUGUCUUCAAAACCUGUCUAUUUAUCAGGUGACUGCCCCUAUAAAAAGUAAGAAAUAAGUUUGUUAAAGUAUUUUUUAUAAACAGCUUAAUAUGAACCAUUAUAGAUUUAGUGUUUGAUUUUUGUUUUUCCUUAUAUAAGUUUAAUUUCAGAUGUUGGAAACGUGUGCUUUGUAGUGUUUACUAAAGUGACAAAAUAUACCAUUCGACACACUAUAGAUUCCAAAACAUAACAUCGCACCAAAUAGAAACGUAUAUUUUAUUAUGCAAUGCCUUAGUCAUAAACUGGGCUCAAACAGGUCUUAGCCUAAAACACUGUUGUCUUUUGAAACGCUUCCAACCCAAAGGCCUUUCAUCUCAAUAUCUGUCAAACUUGAAUGAUGUCUUCUCUUUAAUAUUACACAUAAGGCAGCCUAUUAACCUGUGUCUUAGAAAUGUAUAUAGUUCUUUUAAUAUUCAUAGGGUAUAUUUUUGAAUUUUGGUGAGUAUUUGUUGAACUUGAGAUUGCAUACAAGAAUAGAUGUUUAAGAAAUCAUAGGAAAUCUAAUGAAAUGGCUGUUCCCACCAAGAAUUCUUAGCACUGGUGUAAAUAUCAUGGUGCCUACUCGAAAGAAAUGUAGAUGCUAUGCAUUUUGAAAAUAAUCUGCAUCUGUUAAAACUGCAGAAGUUUUUUAAUGCCACUUUAACACUAAUGCACUGACAGAUUUAAAUAUUUUGUGAGAAGAAAUGUUAAAAAAAUUUUUAGCCUGACAGGUUUCUAUAGAGUUACUGUGUUUCGUUUUUCUCUUUUGCACCAUCAGUUUAUGCGUACCACUUGACACUUGCAUGUUCAAUUUGUCUCGGCUGGAACUUGUACAAAAAAGGAUGACUUUGAGUUCUUUUUCUAGAGGAUGCUGCUAGACUGUGGAUUUGCUUUGCAUCAUGUAGCUUGUUGCCCCUUGGUAACAUGUCCUUGAUCCCGCUUCCUUCCUGUCUCUGCAGUAUUCAUUUAGAAGUUCCCUCUGCAUGGUGCACUCUGCUCCCAUUGGGAGAUUCGAGUCUCUGAAUUAACACAGUAUUCAUUCAUCUAUGUUACUGUGUAAAAAAAUUGCUGUAGCUUCUAUUUCUUAUUUGUACAUAUCAGUGUGAAAUUCUGCCCUUUUUUAUGUUCUCCUUUGAUGAGGAAGUUUGAGUGCUAUGGAAAUAAUGUAGUUAAUUUCUCUCUGCAUGCCAUGUGUAGUACACCUAGCCAAAAGUAGUUUGUUUGUUUUUUUUUUUUAAAGCAAAUUACUUUAAAAGCAGAUACAAUUCACUUGAAUUUGACAAGCUGAAGCAGAUGAGUUUUCUGGGUUCUCUGAUAACCUACGGGAAUGUUUGGAUGCCAGCUCAGCUCAGUGAAUCUCCGCUGUACUGUAAUAAUGGUUAUUUACCUCUUUGUUUUAAUUACCUGAUGUCUGUGUAACUGCUGAUUUGAGUAGUGAUUAGUGUGUAGAUAUUUUGUAACAUAGGAUUUUAGAGAGCACUUUGAAAGAUAACAUUUUAUUGUGAUGGUGCUAGGUAGAAAUUUGUAGACUGGGAUUGUUGUGUGGAAAAGAAAAAGAUUGAGAGAACCUGUUGAAAGGAAUUUCUGGUUGUCACCUUCUAAGCCAGAAAACUGGGGAAGGUACUGCUUAAGAAUUUUUUUUCUUAGUCACCAUCAACAGUUGUUAUGGAAUGAGAAGAUGAGAGGGUCCUCCACUUUCAGCUCAUGCUUUUACAUGUAAGAUUAGCUUACCUGAUCAUUUUAAUGAAAAUUACAUUAGCUGCAGUGACAAGAUUUAAAAGUUCAGCAGUGUAGGUUUGAUCUCAGGAGUCCCCCCCCCCCCCAAAAAAAAAAAAAAAAUUCAUUCUGUUCCUGUGUUCUUUGUUUUCUUGACUGGGAUUUGAUCUCAGUUUCUUCUGGAAAUGUUUUAAAAUUGGAUAGGAAAGAGUACUGUUUGGUUUCUUCACUGUCGCUCUGUCUUACCUCUGUAGUUCCUGAAGGAAAUGCCGAGUUGCUUCCUGUUUGCCAUCCUCACCUGCAGUGUGUGGUGGAAGCAGUGCUGAGGGAGACUUCCUGUUUGCCAUCCUCACCUGCAGUGUGUGGGGGAAGCGGUGCUGAGGGAGACCUCGAGCAGUUGGCACUUCAGUCAGUGGCCUCUGGAAUAAGAGGAAAGAACUCUGACUUUUGAUUAUUCGGUGUUAAAAUGAUCAGUCUUUGCAGGAAGGUCUGUUUUUCCUUUGGGUUUGAUUUUGGUGUAUCAGUCCAGGGGUUUUGCCUUAUGCUGAGGUCAAACUAGGGCCAAGCAAGCUUUGUCCUCCUCCAUUUUAACUGAGUUAUAUGGUAUGUUGACAUGAGAUAAAAAUGUUUCAGAGAAAAGCAAAAGCUUAGAAGUGAGAAUCAUUUGUACUCGGAGUUGGAAAUUAUGGAACUUACUCUCUUAACGAUCAUACACAUUUUGAAGAACAAACGUUUAGCAUGACCAAAGCUCACUUCUCAUUUUUGUUGGCUUUUGCUAAACUUGAUUCCAGCCCCUUUCCUUUUAGUAUUGUGUGUGUUUCUCCUCUUCAUCUCCUCUCAGAUAGAUCUUCAGUUCUUGUUCCACAUACCCCUUGGCGGCAGGAUGCUGGCAUCUGGGUAGUUCUCAUCCUGUUGUUCCCUGUUAACCUGUGUGUGCGUUUUCACGGCUGACCUAAGCUCAGACCCUGCUGGGGCCUGGCCGGAGUAGGUUUUCCCUACUGAUAUGUCAUCAUAUUUGCUGCAAACUCUAUAUUCUUGCAGUGUGUUUCCUUUGUGACUCAAGGUUGAAUAAUGCCUGUGAACUGCAAACUUGCUUAUGAUUGACUUGGUGCAAUAAAGUUCCUUUCUAACCAUUUCUGGUUUAGAAAACAUUCAGCCAUCCUAGAACUAGCAAUAUUUAUUUAUGCCUCAUUUAUUUUACCUUAGUCUUUCACUUAUGGGUACUAAGCAAGGUCCAUUUUAGUGUAGCUGAAAAUAAUGCAUAUUUGGCUACACUAUUUCUGUUUACUGUAUUUUGCUUCCUAUUUAAUGUCUAAAUGCUAUUGUGUUGUUUCAAAUCUUAAUAAUGGCUCAGUUCCAGUAUGUCAGUUUCAAAGAACUAAGGUUUUGCUGUUAGUGUAAGCCACUUACUCUCCCACUAACUGGGAAUUCCCACUAAUUUAGGUUUUUUUCUCCCCUGAAAUACAAAUUUUAGAAAAUCCUACAAGAGGGGUGGGUGCAUGUCUUAAUGCUGGGAAACAGCAACUUUGGGGUUGAAUUUACUUGAAUGGAUAAAAAAUUGCAUUGUUACAGAGCUAGAAAAAAAUUUAUGUAUGAAAAAUGAUAAUAGCCUUACACUGAGUACAAAUAAUAAAGCAUGUGAAGAUGUGAUUAUUUGUGAUGUUACUUGUAAAAAAAAAGUAUAUAUACAUCUUUUGAAGUGUUCAAAGGAAAAUAGUACUUUAUAUUCUUUAUCAUAUCACUUUUUGUAAGUGUUGAAUAUAUUCCUGUUUAUUUUUCUAUGUUCUGUUUUGUAGCCUUAAGAAGUGUUUCAAACAUAUCUGAAUGUAUAAAAUAAGAGUAAAUGCCCUACAUGGUGUGAUGCUGCAUUAUAUAUAAAACCGUGUGCAUAUAUUAAAUUUUGUCUCUCGA